AUGGUAAUCACUGGGGACAAUGAAGAAGACAAAAGAAAUGAGGAAAAGGAAAGCAAAGAAGAAAGCAUUCUGGCAAUGCUUGGAAUAAUAGGGACCAUACUGAACCUUCUUGUCAUCAUUUUUGUAUAUAUUUAUACUACAUUAUGA